CGCCCCCUGCGCGCCCGCCGAUGUCUAGCUCCCGCCAGGGUGACGCGCGCGGGGCCGCGCUGGCCGGCUCCUUGUUUCCCCCGCUGCCGCCCACCAUGAACGCCAGAGGCCCCGGCUUCCCGCUCGCCUCGCUCUACGUGGGUGACUUGCACCCCGACGUGACGGAAGCUAUGCUCUACGAGAAGUUCUCUCCUGCCGGCCCCAUCCUGUCCAUCCGCGUGUGCCGCGACGUGGCCACCCGCCGCUCGCUGGGCUAUGCCUACGUCAACUUCCAGCAGCCGGCCGACGCGGAGCGGGCACUGGACACAAUGAACUUUGAGGUGAUAAAAAGCCAACCCAUCCGCAUCAUGUGGUCCCAGCGAGACCCAGGACUUCUCUUCCUGUCCUUGUUCCCUGUGACCCAGGUGGUGUGUGACGAUCACGGCUCCCGAGGCUUUGGCUUUGUCCAUUUUGAGACCCAUGAGGCCGCACAGCAGGCCAUCAGCACCAUGAACGGGAUGCUGCUCAACAAUCGGAAAGUCUUCGUUGGCCACUUCAAGUCCAGACAGGAGCGGGAGGCCGAGCUGGGGGCUCGGGCCAUGGAUUUCACCAACAUCUACGUGAAGAACCUCCAAGCGGAUGUGGAUGAGCAGGGCCUGCGGGGACUCUUCUCUCAGUUUGGAAAGAUGCUGAGUGUGAAGGUGAUGAGGGACGACAGCGGCAACUCCAGGGGCUUUGGCUUCAUCAACUUUGAGACACAUGAGGAAGCCCAGAAGGCUGUGAUGGACAUGAACGGGAAGGAGGUGGGCGGGCGGCUGCUCUAUGUGGGCCGAGCCCAGAAGCGGGUAGAGCGGCAGAAUGAGCUGAGGCGCAGGUUUGAGCAGAUGAAGAUGAAGCAGGACCGACUGAACCGUUACCAGGGUGUGAACCUGUAUGUGAAGAACCUGGAUGACUCCGUUGAUGAAGAGAAACUAAGGAAGGAGUUCUCUCCCUAUGGAGUGAUCACCAGUGCCAAGGUGAUGACAGAGGGUAACCACAGCAAAGGGUUUGGCUUUGUGUGUUUUUCCUCUCCAGAAGAGGCGACAAAGGCCGUGACAGAGAUGAACGGGCGCAUCGUUGGCACCAAGCCACUGUACGUGGCGCUGGCCCAGCGCAAAGAAGAGCGGAAGGCCAUCUUGACCAACCAGUACAUGCAGCGCCUGUCCACCGUGAGGGCCCUGCGCGGCCCCUUCCUGGGCUGCUGGAAGGAGCCCGCCAGCUACUUCUUGCCUGCCAUGCCCCAGCCUCCAGCCCAGGCUGCGUACUAUGGCUCUGGCCCACCUGUCCAGCCUGCCGUCAGGUGGACGGCCCAACCACCUAGCUCCUCAUCUGCCUCCAUGGCCUGGCCACCAGCUAUGUCUCAGCACCCCCCACCCCACAUCAGCAGUGUCAGGCGGGCCUCCACCCAGGUGUCGCACCAGGUGCCUCACACUCGAAGAGUGGCCAACAUUGGUACCCAGACCACCAGACCUGGUGGGGCGGGAUGCUCUAUGCCAGGCGAGCCUCUCCUGACACACAGAUAUCCCUCGGCAAUGCCCAGUACCCAUGGGGUCCAGGAGUCUGCUGUGUGUGUCCCGGGACAGGAGCCCCUGAGCGCGUCCAUGCUGGCUGCAGCACCAUUGCAUGAACAAAAGCAGAUGAUUGGUGAGCGUCUCUACCCCCUCAUCUACGACGUCCACACCCAGCUGGCUGGCAAGAUCACGGGCAUGCUGCUGGAGAUCGACAACUCGGAGCUGCUGCUUAUGUUGGAGUCUCCCGAGUCCCUCAAUGCCAAGGUAGAAGAGGCCUUGGUGGUGUUGCAGGCUCACCAGGCCAUGGAGCAGACGACAGUGAACGUGCCUGAAACCAGAAAAUGGAAUCCUCACACCCUUGGCUGACAAGAGAACGGCGUGUCCUGCGCUUGGCUCUAAGGCCCCAUGAACCAUAACUUUUAUUUCCCGGUCGGGCUGUGCUUGGACCCGAGCUCUGUAUGUGGAAUGAAGGCCGGCCGCACAGCCAGCCCGUGACCUUUUGCUUUGUGCAUUAAAAGUGCUGCAAACUCUGGCUUGUCUCCGAGGAGGCCUUCUUGCAUGAGGGAAGUGGGACUGGGCUGCGGCUUCGGCUGUAGGGAACAGAAACCCAAACCAGUGUUGAAGUACGUAGAAGGCGGGGACUACAGCACAGACCUGUCAGGAGCCGAGCAGGACUAUCGGUGAUAGCCCCAAAGGAGUUGCUAUCCCCCAAACGAACGGAAGCCACAGCUGCCCACCUCUAGGCACCUGGCUAGAGCACCACACAGUGCAGACCUUGAGAGGAGAAAAUGAGUGAGUCGUAACUGGAGGUCACCACUAGACCCACCUCUAAUCAGGUCAUGAGGCGUGGUAUAUGGAUGAGGCCAGGAGCUGCUCUAGGCGUUUUACUGCUAGGAGGGGAGGCUGCCCAAAGACAAAGCUGACACACACCAGAGGAGUCAGAGCCUGCUAAUGUAGCGAGCUGCUGAAUCAAACCUUGCCUGACCCCGAACUCUGGACUUGGCAGUUGUACGAGCCAAUAACAUCUCUCUAUUAUUUUUCCCACGGUGAGUUUUCUAUUCUUGCAACCAAAAUGUCCAAAAUGAUACAUCCCAAAUGCUGCCAAAAAGGAGAAGGGAGGUAACACCGUGUGCCUAUCAAUGUGCCAGGCUGGGAGUUCAGCAAGCCUGUGUCAGUCCUUAUAGCUGUGGGGCAGGUUUUCUCACCGCCCUCACUGCGGCAUUGAGGAGACAGUCUCUAAGAGGCUGAGUGAGACCUUUUCAACAUUAUUUUUAUAACUCAGCGUAAAUGAGGCCAGUUUUCUUACAGGAUUACUCUAGAGAAAGAGGCUAUGGGGACGGCAACACCGAGCAGGAAGUCACAGGAAGUCACG